AUGGAAGAUUACACCAAGACUGUCUUUGCUCAUUUGGAUUAUCAGUGUGUCACAUCGUGGAACACAAGCUGCUCCUCUGACUUCCAAUUAUUCCAUUUAAAUCCCAGCAUUUUGAUUGUAUUUUUCUUUUAUUCUGUAGUUUCCUUGCUUACAGUUGGUGGAAACAUGGUUGUAAUAUUGUCUAUCACCAUUUCCAAACACCUGCGCACAGCAACAAACUUUGUCAUUCUGUCUUUGGCCAUGUCGGAUUUCUUAGUGGGAGGAUUUAUGAUGCCUUUACAGUGUGCUAUGUUUGUUGAUGUUUGUUUAUACUACACAAAAAGUCUCUGUCCUGUUUACCACUUUAUCAGCACAAUUGUUGGCACUGUUUCACUUUACAACGUUGUGCUGAUUGCAGUAGAUCGAUACUUUGCCUUGUGCCACCCUUUUCAUUAUGUUGCCAAAAUGUCCUUAAGAGUGGUGCUGAAGUGUGUGUGUUUCGGAUGGAUCUUGUCCUUCUUUUAUAAUCUUUUAGUUAUGUACAUUGGAAAUUCAGAACCAGGCCAAACAAAAAUGAUCUGCAUCCAAGCAUGUGCCAUUCCUGUCAACAACACUUGGGGUUUAAUUGACUUUAUAUUUGUUUUUAUUGUUCCAUGUUUGAUGAUAAUAAUUCUGUAUGUCAGAGUUCUGACAGUUGCCCUGAGACAUGCGAAGGUUAUUUCUGAUUCUGCAAAACUUGGAUUAAACCAGAGGAAAAGGACAUCAGAGCUCAAGGCCACAAAAACCCUAGGCACUGUUGUGUUUGUGUAUUUAGUGUGCUGGAUUCCAUGGUAUAUUUUUUUACUAAACAUUGAGAAUGUUCCAGAUUCUAAUGUUAUCAUUAAUUAUUUAAUGUGCCUGUUUUAUAGUAAUUCCUUUAUAAACCCCAUUAUCUAUGCCAUAUCAUAUCCCUGGUUUCGAAAAUCAUUUUCAUUUUGUGCUUUAGUUGGAAAAAAGUCUUAA